AUGGGGGUGAAAUGGUUCUGCUUAGUUCUUCUUCUUGGCUUAUCGACGCUAACUAGCAUUCGAGUCAAUGGCCAAGCUGAUAAUCUUGGUUUCAUAAGCAUAGAUUGCGGCCUCCCCGAAAACUCGAGCUAUGUCGACAGCGUCACGACGAUACCCUACACCUCCGACAAGCAAUUCAUCGACACCGGUGAGAACCACAACAUAUCGGCGGAGUACAUAACCCCCACGCUCUCGAAGCGCUACCUCAACGUCCGGAGCUUUCCGACCGGCGCGCGAAACUGCUACGCUUUGAACUCGCUGCUGGCGGGGGCGAAAUAUCUCGUCCGCGCGACGUUCAAGUAUGCAAACUACGACGGCCUGAAUAAGCUCCCGAUAUUCGAUCUCCACAUCGGUGUCAAUUUCUGGCAGACGAUUAAUGUUAGCGACGCCGACACCGCGUAUCUGGCUGAGGUCAUUACCGUUGCUCCGGCGAACUACCUGCGAGUUUGUCUCAUAAACACGGGACUGGGGACUCCGUUCAUUUCCGGGCUCGACAUGAGGCCUUUGAAGCCGAUUCUUUAUCCGGCGGCGAAUGCGACGCAGUCGAUCGUCCUUUAUGCGCGGCUCAACGCCGGCCCGACUGACAACACUGUAAUAAGGUACCCGAACGACAGCCACGACCGGGUAUGGCAGCCGUGGAGCAACGAGCCCUACUGGGCAGAGAUCUCGACGGCGUCGCUCGUGCAGAACGUCAACAACGACCACUUCGAGGCGCCCUCCGCGGUGAUGCAGACGGCCGUCGUCCCCGUCAACGGCUCCAAGAUCGACUUCUCCUGGACGCCCGACAGCAGCGGCGACAACAAGAAGCCCAACCCCGGCUACCUCGCCGUCAUGCACUUCUCCGAGAUCCAGACCCUCCCCCCCGGCGCCGUCCGCGAGUUCGACAUCACCAUCAACGACAAGCCCUGGUACGGGCCCUUCACCCCCGAGUUCCUCUACUCCGACGCCGUCUACAGCACCAGCCCCGGAUACGGCAAUCGCCAGUACAACGUCUCCAUCGUCGCCACCGCCAACUCCACCCUCCCCCCGCUGCUCAACGCGCUCGAGAUCUUCACCGCCCUGCCCGUCCCGCUACUCGGCACCGACGCCGGCGACGUAAGUGCUAUCGCGGCAAUCAAGGCACAGUAUCAGGUGAAGAGAAAUUGGAUGGGAGAUCCGUGUGCUCCCAAAGCUUAUGCCUGGGAUGGGUUGAACUGUAGUUACUCUCUCUCUAGCCCUCCAACAAUUACAUCUAUAAAUUUAUCAUCCAGUGGAUUGACUGGUGUCAUAACGACGUCUUUCGCCUAUCUGAAAUCUCUGCAAUCUUUGGAUUUGUCGUACAAUAACUUAACUGGAUCGAUGCCUGAUGUUCUAUCCCAAUUACCGUCACUAACACUAUUGGAUUUGCGAGGCAACCAACUCAACGGAUCAAUCCCUCCCGGUCUCUCUAAGAGAUCACAAGAUGGGACACUUACAUUAAGAGUUGAUCAAUGUGCCAAUGGGAAUUCUUGUGCACCAUCGCGACCAAAGAAGAUAUCUCCUAUUGUUGUGGUUGUUCCGAUUGUUGUGGUGGUGCUAAUUGUAGCUGUGAUACUUAUUAUAUGCCUAAGGAAGAAAAAACCAGGCUCGGAGACAAACCCCUCCGUGAGGCCACAGAAUGAAAGGUACUCUAGUAACAUAGAAAACAAACAAGACAGUCCGUUGCAACUUGAGAAUCGACAGUUCACGUACAAGGAGUUAGAGCUUAUAACGAGCAACUUUUCACGCAUUCUUGGGAAAGGAGGAUUUGGGACAGUGUACAAGGGCAUCUUGGAGAAUGGUACUCCAGUUGCGGUGAAGAUGCGUUCUCACUCAGCUUCACAAGGAGUCAAAGAGUUUUUGGCUGAGGCCCAGCACCUGACAAGGGUCCAUCACAAGAACUUGGUUUCAAUGAUCGGAUACUGCAGGGAUGGAGAUCAGUUGGCACUUGUCUAUGAGUUCAUGUCCGAAGGAACUCUAGAAAAACAUCUGAAAGGCAAAGCUAAUGCUAGACCUUUGAAUUGGAGGCAGCGGGUCCAAAUAGCAUACGAAUCUGCACAAGGGCUACAGUAUCUUCACAAGUCUUGCAACCCUCCACUAAUUCAUAGAGAUGUUAAGACGAACAACAUUCUCUUGAAUUCAAAUCUAGAGGCCAAGCUUGCUGAUUUUGGGUUGUCUAAGGCCUUCAAUAGCGGCGUCAACACUCACGUGUCCACAGCUGUUGCCGGAACUCCGGGAUAUCUUGAUCCUGAGUACUAUACAACCCUCCAGCUCAGUGAGAAAAGCGACGUGUAUAGCUUUGGAAUUGUCCUAUUGGAAAUAGUAACAGGGCAACCUGCCAUAUUGACCACCACAGAGAGCAUUCACAUAGUUCAGUGGGUGCGGCAGAGGCUCGCAAGAGGAAACAUCGAGAGCGUAGCCGAUCCGAGGAUGAGAGGAGAAUACGACAUAAAUUCUGUUUGGAAAGCUGCUGAUCUUGCUUUGAAAUGUACUGAACAAUCCUCCAUUCAGAGGCCAACCAUGACCGACGUCGUGAUGCAGUUAAAUGAAUGCUUGGAGCUCGAGGAUGCCGGUGAAAGAAACCAUACUAAGCGGAACUCGAGGGGGGAUUACUUCUACUCGGAGACCAGUGAUAGCCAGAUCAGUACAUUCGAGAUGGAAUAUAUGCCGCAGUUGCCGGUAGGCCCUGGUCCAGUGGCAAGAUAAGAUUCGAGCAAUUCUCUCUUCCUGUAAUUGCUCAUGUUGUUUUCUUCGUAGUUCAUUCACAAAGUCUAUAUAUAGAUGAGCUUGUCAUGUUUGGACUUGACUUCAUCGUUGAGUGUGGUGAUGUUUGAUGAGUGACAAAACUAUGCAUUCUCUUGAGAAGAGUCUUCCAAGCUGGCGCAGAAAUGAUUUUAUCUGCUCUUGGUUCUUGUAAAAUAAAUGUAUCAGUGACUUGAAUAGUAAUUUGCAUAGCAUAAUUAUAAAUUUGAGUUAAAUUAUAACACUAA